AUGAGACGCCCCACUGCUAUGCUGCAACUAUUGCUUCUGCUGGCAGCCGAUGCGGCGUGGGCGGCCGACAGCCAGCAGGCGUACACCUGCAACGCCACGCAGCUCUUGUCCUCGGAGCUCCUCGCAGAGAUACGCAGCUACGCGCCGGUAGUGCAGAGCAUCAUCGACUACGUGCUCCGAGGCCCCGAGCGCAACCGCACCUAUGAAGAACUGGCCAAGUUUGUGGACCGAUUCGGCGCCCGCAUCACGGGAUCGCGGAACCUGGAGAACGCCAUCGACUACAUGGUGGAGCUCUUGGGCCGCCAGGAGCUGGACCACGUGUACACGGAGCGGGUGGCCGUUCCGCACUGGGUGCGCGGCAACGAGUCGGCCUGGAUAGUGCGGCCGCGCAUGCAAAAGCUCAACAUGCUGGGUUUGGGUGGCAGCGUGGGCACGUCGCCCGGCGGCAUCAUUGCACCGGUUCUGGUAGUCCGGUCAUUCGAGGAGCUGCACUCCAACGCCUCAAAGGCCCGCGGCAGGGUGGUGGUGUUCGACGAGGAGUUCGUCAGCUACGGGCGCACCGUGGAGUACCGCGAGAACGGCGCCGCCGAGGCCGAGCGCGUGGGCGCCGUGGCCGCGCUAGUGCGCUCGGUGACGCCCUUCUCGAUCGGGAGCCCGCACACCGGGUGGAUGAACUACGAACGCGGCGAGCCUCGCAUCCCGUGCGCCUCCAUCACCGUCGAGGACGCGCAGCUGCUCCGAAGGCUCCAGGACAGAGGUAUAGAGGUUCAAGUCCACAUUGUAAUGGAUGCACAAAACCUGCCGCUGACCACAUCACGGAAUACUAUAGCUGAACUAAAAGGCACAACCAUGCCCGACGAGGUGGUGCUCGUGAGCGGCCACCUGGACUCGUGGGACGUGGGCCAGGGCGCCAUGGACGACGGCGGUGGCGCCUUCGUCUCGUGGCGGGCGCUGUCGCUGCUGCGGAGGCUGGGCCUGCGGCCGCGGCGCACGCUGCGCGCCUUGCUCUGGACGGGCGAAGAGGAGGGCGUGUGGGGCGGCCGCGCCUACUACGAGCGCCACAGCGGCCGGCCCGAGGCACUGCGCCGGCUCAACCUGGUCAUGGAGUCCGACCUGGGCACGUUCCGGCCGCUGGGGCUCAGACUGGCGGCCGCCGACCCGCGCGCGCGCUGCAUGGCCGCCCAGGUGCUGCGCUUGUUCGGCUCCAUCAACGCGACCCGACUGACGCUGGGGCCCGACGGGCCGGAUAUCCAGCCCUGGGUCGACGCCGGCGUGCCGGGCGUCUCGCUGGACACGGCCAACGAGGAAUACUUCUACUUCCACCACACGGACGGCGACUCCAUGACCGUCGAAGACCCUACCAACCUGGAUUUGUGCACCGCCCUAUGGGCGGCUUCCGCCUUCGUCUUCGCUGACCUCAGCGAGCGCCUGCCGCGGCCGUAGCGGCGGGAUGGCGGCAGUAGGCGGAGGGCUCGAGAACUCCUGCGAAAGACUUGCGCCCCAUUCACGUCAAUAAUGGGCGCGUUCACUGAUUGAUUGGUUCAUUGACUUAACGAUCGGCAUUAAGAUAAUUAAAUAGUAAUUGCUUCCA